AUUGCCGCCGCGGUUUCCGGGGAUAACGCUGUGCUGGCGCCGGGAGCAGGUCCCGGACCGCCGGGAGGGAAGGGGCUCAUGCUCGGCAGGACCGAAGGGCAGAAACUCCCCUGAACCCAGGGAAAAAUCCCUCCGACAAAAUGCCGUCCAAGGAGAAGACGCUGCUGUUCACGGCGGCGUUUUUCACCAGCGCCUGCUCCUUCGUGCUGGUCUGCGUGGUCCUCGCCACCCGCUCCUGGGUCACCAGCGACAUCCGCUUCUCCAGCGCCGACUCCUCCGUCACCGUCACCGUCGCCUACGGGCUCUUCCAGGGCACCUGCGAGCAGACGGUGACGGGCGGCCUGCAGGUCUCGGAGACGUCCUUCCAAGUCGCCGAUGCAACGAAGAACGCCGAGACGAAAGCCGUGAACGUGGCGAUUAUCGUGCUGCUGGUCCUGGCUUUGCUGAGCUCCCUGCUGAGCGCGGGCUUCACGGGCGUCAACGCGGUGAGCAAUCCCUACCAGACCUUCCUGGGGCCCACCGGCGUCUACACCUGGAACGCCUUCAACGGAAUCCUCAUGCUUCUAGUCCUCAUACUUUUUGCAGUGAACAUAGAAAGCAACGGCCUCUCUGUAGAAUUGGCUGAGGUAUGUUACGCUAUUUCAAUGACAUACACUAAUUCCAAGAACAAUUACGGAUAUUCAUAUUGGAUCAUGCUGCUUAUCAUUUUCUUGAACAUUUCUACUAUUAUCAUCAUAUAUUUCUAUGACCACGCAAGGUAUUAUAAGAAGAAAGAGCAGGAAAGACCCAUUGAAAAUGCACCAAAAGAUGUCAUUCUGUUUUAAGGAUAUCGAUUUCCUCGUGGAAAAGAGCGUGCAACAGGAAAAGACUAUUUAAUGUGGACAAUCACGGCCGAUCAUUUGCAUUCAGAUUGAAGGUACGCAUAUAGUUCAAUUAACAAAAUAGCCUAUCGUGUCUUCAGAGCAGAUUGAUUUUCUUUAUAACGUUGGGUACUCAGGUAGUGCUUAUAAAUUUCCAUCGAUGUAUGGCACCUAAGUGCAUCAGAACAGCAACGACCCUAAGUCUGCACCGUUCGGGAGGAAAACGUCACGCGCCUUCUGGUUUUCCGGGGAAUCCCUAGAAGGGAAGCACGAGCGGAGCGAAGACCCCGACCUCCCGGCAGAGGGGACAAGCCCGCGGGGCGCGCGUAGCCUCCAGGGAGCAGUGGCAGGAGGACCCGGGAUGAGCUCUUCUCCGUUCACCGUUGCCGUCUCCUGGAACGUGGGGUUGAAGCAAACCCAGGGCUGCUCCUUGCCCCCGCGGCGCUGGCUCCCACCUCGCGUUUUCUGGGUCUGGGGGCUGCAGAAGCGCCCCGCUGCCGACUGCCCCGGCUUGCGGCCGGGGUGCACCAACACGGGCCUCAUACGAAGGCAUCUGCGCCUUCCCCCUUGGAUCCAGCUGUGAAGACCAAAGACGCUGUUUUGAUUGUGUAUGUAAUUUGGGAAUGGAAGGGACAAAAAUAGUGCAAAUGCCAGAAAUCGUGGAGAUUGUGAGAAAUGGUCCCGGAGGUGUCAGUGCUUCCUUUCGUCCCGCAAUUCUCCCUGCUCUCACUUGCCCCAACACUUCGGGGUCCUCUCUUGGAGGUCCCCUCUCCUGGAGGUCCCCCCCACACCUUGCCUAGGUGACGGCACAUGGGGUUGCAGGUUCCCUUCGCCAGGCAGGAGCACGAGCGUGCGAACAACCUCGCCGCGCCCAGCCUCCCACCCCGCCGCGGCAGCAGCACCAUCCCCUUCCUCCCGCGUCGCUGCCUUGGAGCCGUCCUGCACGGCUGCAACCGCACGCUGGGCUCCUCUGGCAGCAAGAGGAUGGGAAACGGCCCGCGCAAAGCAGAAUCACAGCCUGCUGUCAGCAUGCACGUUUAUUAAUUUGCAGCAACAUUAGCAAAACCCUGUUCCAGGCUAUUUAUAGGCUCCCGGUCGGCGUCAUUAGCAGGACUGUAAAGCCGCACCUUGAGCAGGCGUGGUGGCCCGCCGCUCUCCUGCGAGCCACCUUGGAGCGUCGCUUUGCCCCAGCACAAAUGCCAGAUAUUGGGCUUCUUUGUGAUGUUUUAUAGCCAAACCUCUCCCCUCUGUGUACACUUUAAUUAAUAAACACAGGUCUAGGGUAUGUGCACAGACGCACACAACGUUGGAGCUGCACAACGCCGACGAGCUCCCUCCCGAUUCCGCCCAGGGCGAAUGAGCAGGGGAAUGUGACCUUUCGCUAGGCAGGAGCGCUGGCACCGGGCCACGGCGUGAAGCCACGCUGGGGACACGUGCCCCGGCAGCAGCAAACUCCCCGCGCAGGACGGUCGGCCUCCUCUUUUGCCGCUCACCCCCGCGGCUGGACGACCAGGUCUUGAUCACGCGCUUUCCCUUUGCGGUAUCACUUUCACCAUCGUGCUCGACAUCUGCUCCACGAUGCAGGAGGAAAUGAAACAGCAGCUAAGACGAAGCAAUGAGAAGAUACGAAAAGUGACUUCUCACCAUGUAUGCCCAAAAACUAAAGCUUCGGGACUGAGGUGCCCAGUACUUCAUGCAGCUGUACUCUAUCAAAGGAGUCCGAGCAGGGAGGUAUUUUACAUCCUGCUUAAAAAUUUGGCUAAAAGUGUGAUGAGUGCAGAGCAGGGAAAAAAACAAAGGAGGGUCUCUGUUUUGGGGGGCAGGAGGGUCACAGAAACGAGAGGCGUUAUCUGCUCUGCACUUGUGGCAAGAACCAUGCCUGGAACUGCUUUCCGCUGCUGUAAACAUUUCGGUUAAAACGUCAGACAUUUUGCACCCGUGAGCUCCGCUGGCGCGAAGCCAAACGUUUGCCGGCGUUGCUUUGGCUGCAAAAACUUUCGCACGGUCUCAGCGCGCAUCUGUCGCUGUCGCGCUCGGCCAGCAUCCAUCACGCCGCGCGACUGCACUUGCAUCCGGCGCUUGCUGGGAGGGCAGCGAGGUCUUCGUGGCAGGACGACGUCGGAGGAGCCCUGGCCCCGGCCUCGAAGCGACGGUCGCCGUUACGGCCGCGGUUGCGUUGCGCCGAGGUGCCACCUCCCACCCGAGUCACAAGCUGCGGAAGAGGGAACGCGCACCUGAGCCAAAGCCCGCUUCUCCCGGGAAGGGGCCGAGCGGGAAAGGAAGGACGGGACAUAAACCGGCCUUGCGUCCAGCUUUCGGAUGCCGGAAAGGAACGGUCUGGCUCUUGCCAGCCGCCAGCCUUCGCGAUGAAUGAAGCUGUGUUCAGCGCGCUCGUCCCCUUAAUGAGGACAAAUCCUGGCAGCUCACCCUUAGGUAACAAGGAAAAAAGCUUGCACUGUCAGCUUGAUGCACGCUUGAAAGAAAAAUCAAGCUCCCACCUUAUCUAAAAGCGGGUAAUUUUACACGUUCGUCACCUGCCAGCAGUGCGAGUGCUUCCGCGACGAGCUGUGGCUGCCCGGGUGGAGGGAGGCAGCCGGGCUCGGCGAAAGCAGAUCCUCUCUGCCUGGUAAAUCAGCGCUUACCUUAAGUAGUAACAGCAGCUGGAAACGGCAGGCAAAUGCAGUCGUAGCCAUGCGGCCUGGCUCGGAGAGCCGCGUCGAUAAGCCCAUGCCUGUCCCCAGCAGCUCUUCUGCCAGAGGAUUAUCCCGCUCGCGCUGUUUAAAAAUCUCUGCUUGGAGGAGGAUUGCCAGAAUUCGCAAUCGAUGCGCUAAAUCGAGCACAGUGCCACCAACACCGUGCUGAUUUUUAUUAGCGAAAUUAAAAAUAAGCGUUACAAGAGCAGUGGAUGUAGGACAGGCUGUGCCCCACAAGACAUGGGGCGGUCUGCAUGAGAGCUGUAGAUUAGCACUGAUUUAAGCAUUUAUUCUCACAAUUAACUGCGUUGUACCAGCAACCGCACCUUUUACGGCCUGAAUGUCUUCCCUUUGCACGAGUCCCACCUGACACUCAUGCCUGCUGUCACACCUAUAGUGCAUAAAGCAACAUUAUCCAUUUUGUCACAUGGCACGAGAAAGAGUCAGAGGUACAAUUUAUGCUGGAAAAGCAGGCUUCGUGGUGGUGAGAUGUGUCAUUCGGCAGCUCCUCCCUUCCUCUGCAUGACUCACCCUUUAAAACGUUUGCUUUAAAACCGUGACACAGCUCACAAGUUCACAGUGGAAAUGCUGGCGCUGGAAGAGCUCAACUGCCCCAUCAUACGAGGAGAAAGUGCUGCAGGUAAAAAUGCAGCUAUGCCUUCAACGGCGAUGGAAACUCUGCGUGGUGCCCCAGUUUGGGGAUGGCUGCACGCUGGCCAGUGCAUCUCCUGUAGCUCCUUAGAGAGCGGGCAGCAUCGCCCGGCAUCGCUGGGUGUCAGCAGCAAACAGCUCUACGGCUGAGAUGCCUCGCUUGGCUUGAUAUUUGCCUGGAAAAACAUCCCAGAGAAGCUCUCACCUGGAAAACUUUGCUGCAAGGACAAGAAAAAAACAACCCUUUACCCUGGCCAGAUUUGAGUCUCCUCUUUGUGGAAAGUUUUUGUCAUCGAUGUUUCUAAUCAGCUGCCCAUUUCCUAAGGAGUGGAUGCAAGUCAAUCCCCGCAUUGCAGGGAUCAUCUCGUUUCUCCUGCCUACUUUUUUUAGCUUUGGAGAGUGGUCCGGAGAAACGUCGCAAUGGCUUUCGAUGAAGCUCUAUUUGAAGUUACCUUUCGAGAAGGAUGUGCUGUAUCGUCGCCCAUCACUGCACCGCUGCUCUGGGGGGCCGGAUUCCCAGGGGCAAGCAGGGAAGGCUCUGGCACGUGCAGCUCUUUCUAGCUGGGCAAUAGGAACAGGCAUUUUAAAAAUAAGACAAAAUCAGUGCCAAACUUGGCUCAGAGGAAAAAAGUCUGCUUGUAAAACGGACUCCAAACAGGCAACAAGGCAGAGAACAACCUCCCUGCUCUUCGCGGUGCUCGCCCCGAGGGAGCCGUCUCAGAGCGGUGCCCGAUGAUCUGUGCACGUCUAUGAAAACGCGCCCGCUCCUCUCCCCGCGCGUCGAAGGAUGCCCUCUCCUCCUCUGCACGGCUCCUUUGAGUGGGCAGCACCGCGCAGCAGCUGCGGGUCUCGGCCGUGAUGCGUGUGCAUGAAGCUCACCCAUAGAAAUAAGAUCUUACAAACCAAUCUCGGCUAAUAAGCACGGAUCUUCUUCUAGAGAUCUGGCGGCAUAAAAUCCCGAGUAGGUAUAUGACAUCCCAUCAAAACAUGGACAUAUAUAUUCAUCUUUUUGUUCAAAAUAUUCUAAUUGUCAGAAAUAAUAGAGCUAACUGUCGGAGCGCGCACACAUUUAAACACUGCAGUUCAGGAAAAGAGCCAAAACAAACUCUGCUACAAGAAGCGGAGCGAGGCGGCAAAGCCCGCGCUCAGGAGCAGCGUUACCCGGGACGCUGCGAGACCUCGGAUCUGCGCUGUCCUGCUGGGCCCGGCAGCCACACGGCUGACCUCGGCUCCUGCGCCGCUCGCCAGACCGCUGCUGGAAAGCACGGUGGAUGCUCCCCGCUGCUUAGCUUGCCUCCCUGCGAGCUCUUUGCCUGGGAAGCCGUGAGAGGGCAGCAUCCUCCUUCCCAGGCUUGAACAUCCCUUUCCUUCUCUUUUUUUUUUUUUUUUCGAUUGAGGAGUGAGAGCGACCAAGCACUUUCCUAGCUGCACAUGCAAUGGCAAUACCAUAUUGUCAUAGGCACAGCAUAGACUGGGUAAAUGCUCUUCCUCCCAGCCCCCCGGAGGAAGAUGAGGCAGUGAUGAAGGCCGGGGAGGACUAGCAGCAGGAACAGAGCCACGCGCGAGGUGCAACCUUAGGGCUGCGCAGGUCGAGGUGUAGACCCAACACUACUGACUUUGCUCGGGACUGUCCAUAAGCGUGGACCUUACUUGGAGUAACCUCACUUAGAUCAGGCCAGCUAUCCCCAAAACAACAGAUCAUUCGCUGGAAACUUUGCCAGCCCUUGUCCCUCCCCUAACCUUUCCCCCCGCCCAAUUAUGGAAAAAUUAAAUUAAAAAAAGAAAUUCAAAUAAUUUGCCAUGAAAAAAACAGACUGUCUCAUUUUUAUCUGAUACAGGGUAACAUUUCUGACCCACUCUAGGAUGUUUCUAAUCGAUUUUCUCUAUGAUUUAACAGCGCUGCACGUAUAUACUCCUCUCAUGGCAUACAUUGUUCUUUGCAUAACAUCAUUUAAAUGAACAAUUUGCCCUAGAACAUGUCAUUGAUUUGAGGAAGCUUCUCAAGCCUCCUUUGAUCUAUUUAAAGGCUGUGCUUUAAGCUGCCACAGCUCCUCUGGGGACCCCUGGCAGUGCUGGACACCCUGCAGUGGUGACCUGAGGAAGCCUAAGCAGACCGCGGACCAUUUGUUUCUAUGUGUGUUUUUAGGCGUUAGGGGUCAGAUCCAUCUUCCACUGCUCGCAGGAGUAAUACCAUCUGCCUAACGGGACUUACGGGGAAAAAUAAGAGUGUCGUUCAGCGCGGGGAACCCGAAGCGGUGGGGAACGCUCACAGCCCUUUGGGGAACAGGGCAAUACACCGACGGGCAGCACCGGCACGUGGUCUGUCCACGGCCCCAAGGUAGCUGCCAACACUAAUAACACCACCGAAAGACAGAUGAUAUCCUAAUUAUAGGCACUUCAAAGGAAGUCACCACUUACUUUUAAUAAAGCUGCAGCUUAAUUUACUAAGGACUUGGGGGUUCAACAUAGACGUUGCCUUCACCUGUUCAUGCACAAAACAUGCAUCUCUAUGUUCUCUGUACGGGCUCUUUCUAGGCUCCACACUGAAUCCUAAGGUUUUAUGUGUAAGAUUUCACGACAAGGAAAAAUAAAAUAAAAUAAUAAUGGUAAAAAA